UAGUAGCGGGCAAUUGGCGCUGCAUUUUGAUCGGGGAUUGCCGGGGCUAAGUUAUCCGUCGUCGUUGCUAUGUCAGUUGAGCUCAAACUCUCACGUUCCAAUCGUAUCUAUCGUCCUUCGGAAACUCUGGAUGGAAAAAUCAUCGUAAAGACUGAGUCUCCAAUUUCCCACAAUGGAGUUCGUGUUACUAUCAAAGGAUCCGUCAACUUGCAGGUUCGCGGAGGAUCAGCAGGGGUUAUUGAGUCGUACUAUGGAGUUAUUAAGCCAAUCCCCAUUGUGAAGAGGACCGUUGAAGUUGGUUCUUCUGGAAAGAUUGGUCCAGGUACAACGGAGAUACCUUUCUCAGUGAUUCUGAGACAGCCUGGCAAGGAUUUAGAAAGAUUCUAUGAGACUUUCCAUGGUUCAAAUAUCAAUAUUCAGUAUAUGGUCGCUGCAGAUAUAACUCGUGGAUACUUGCAUAAAACUUUAUCAGCCACAAUGGAAUUCAUCGUUGAAAGUGAUAAAGUUGAUCUGCUGCAACGUCCAAUUUCUCCAGAAAUGGUUAUCUUCUACAUUACCCAAGACACUCAAAGACAUGCUCUCCUUCAUGAAUUAAAAUCAGGUGGGUUUCGGGUGACUGGGAAAGUCUGUACUCAGUGCUCUUUGUCGGAUCCUAUCAGUGGUGAACUAACAGUAGAAGCAUCUGCGGUUCCAAUUCAUUCCAUUGAUCUUCACUUGUUUCGUGUUGAAUCCAUUCUUGUUGGGGAGAAAAUUGCAACUGAAACCAGUCUGAUUCAAACUACCCAGAUCGCAGAUGGAGAUGUAUGCUGUAAUUUGACUCUGCCUAUCCAUGUAAUACUUCCCCGUCUUGUGACGUGUCCAACAAUUUUAGCUGGUCCAUUCUCAAUUGAGUUCAAAAUUUCCGUUGUUAUAAGCUUCAAGUCAGAGCUUUCUAAAUCACAAGUAAAGGUUGAUCCUAGAACUCCUAGACUGUGGCUGGCAAUGGAAACAUUGCCACUUGAGUUGGUUCGGUCAAAGUGAAAUAAUCUGGAGGAAGCCCCAAGAGAGAGUAGCAGCAAUUGAAUAUGGCCUGUAUUUGUACCUAUUCCAGCUUUGUUUUUGGCGCUCCGCCCAUUUCUUAUUCAUUUGUGCAUUAAUAUUUCAGAUUAUGCCUUUUCAGUGUUCUUGAUGGGCAAAUCCGUUAGCAUACAUUUAUGUCUGGUUGGUACAUUUCGGUUUAUGUAGACUUUUCUUUGUACUUGGAAGCAUUGAUUAGAUAUUAAGACAAGAAAGAACGUUCAGGGUUUCGCACGAGAUUCUGAAAACUGCCGAUCACGAUUAAGUACCGUUGUUCCAGAGAAAUUCAUGUAAAUAUAUAUAUAAAUAAAAAUCUCAAUUAAGC